AGAAGUGUAUGUCGUUCUCCGAGGGCGACGCGCCGUAGGGCCCGCCGCGAGGUGUGGGCGCUGCGAUCCGCGACGCGGGGCCGCGUCGCAAGGCCGUGCCACGGGGCCGCGCCGCAAGGCCGCGCCGCAGGGCUGCGUUGCGGGGCCGCGCCACGAAGCUGCGACGGCCUCUUCGAGAAGGGGCUGCGCGUACUCGCGGUCGGCGGGGUGAAUUCUGCUCAAAAUUCUUAUUAUCUGAGAAACGGGUCACACCUUUUUUUCCUCUAAUGGGGGAACGACAGGACUUCGAAUCUCCGCGUUCUUCUCUCAGCUGACUCGAUGGACGCAAAGGAAGUAAUCGUCUACACGCUGAGCGAUGGGGGAGACCAGGAUGACGCCCUCCUGCGGAGUCGGGCGAGAGAGCUGCUGCCGGAUGCGUGCCUCGACGUGCGCAGUGUCGACUCUCUGAGCACCUGGGAACAGAAGCAAAUACAAAUUCGGGCGUAUGGUCGCCCGACCUACCCGGUCUUCGUCCUCGGUUCCGUGUAUAUCAACGGGUGGAAAGAACUGGAGGCCUUCGUGCGCGAGGGAAGACAGGGAAUGACGACAGAGGAGUCCAAGGCCUCCGUCGUGAGGAGGCUCGAAGUUCGCGACGAGGGGACGGAAGGCGCGAGCCUGCCGGACGAGCAGCUCAGGGCGGACCUGCAGAAGAUCGCAAGAGAGACAGAGGACACGGACAUGGCGUGGGGAGAGGUGAAGGUUGGGUCCGCGGAUGGCAAGAAGUUCGUCGAGGAGUGGCUGGUCGAGGGAGAGUGUGACGAGCCGACCGACACACUGAAGCGUUCCGAUGUAUCGGCGGACGAAAAGGACGGACAAGUCGUCGUGGUCAUGAUGGACGACAGUCACGCGUCCGAGUCCCCCAGGUGCCUCGGCGCUGAUGCGACCGAAUCGCGUCUCCUGUACGUGGACAUUUUCCGAAAGCUCAAAGAAUGUACCUACUACAUAAACGAACAAAUCCUGAAUGACAGGUUCAACGUGUUCGACAAAACCGCCUCCCAGCUGGAGCUGGCGACCAAGGGCAUGUCGGACUACCUCAGCGACGCGUUCUCCGACACCGCGUCGUCGGAAGACGCUCCCUCCGUCGCCAACUCAUCCGUCACCGAUAGCGAGCUCACCUUCACCUUCCCCGUCGUCCAAUGCAACUGGUACUGGCGACACCAAAAGCGAUACCUCAAACUCGACACCGAACAACUCGCCCGCCUCCACCCAGAAAACUUCAAGGUCAGACACGUCAUUCCAUACAUGCACAUACACUCAAUUCUCAUCAAGAACCACGGCGAAUUUCUUAUCAAGUACACUGACCGGGACCGCGUCGAGCGCGAGAUCGCCUACAUCACGUCAGGACGGGUCUUCGCGGGCAAGGUGGGCGAGGCCAUCCAACAGGUGGCGUCCAUCAAGAACCACCGUAUCACUGUCACCUACGUUUCUCUAUGAGCCCCCCCUCAGAUUUCGAAGUCGUACCUCGCGCACUCGCGCGCUUCCUCCUCCUCUGAGCUCAACUCGCGUCCAACCGCCUGCUCCUCUUUAUCGCCCAUCGCCCCCACUUUCUCGCGCUCGUCCUCGCGCGGCUCAGGGUGCUGCUCCGCCGCGUAACAGAGCGCCAGUCCGCAACCCAAAAGACCUUGGUACAACAAAAACGCGCCAACGAAUUUCUCUCUCCUCGGAGCAACCUGGUACCUGAUCCUCAACACCCUGUCCGACUCGGGGUUGACGAAUACCACCCAGUCGUCGAGCGAUGCGUUCAACGUCUUGUAAAACGACCCGAGAAACCGGUCGUACGCACCGCUUAUGUCGUACUGUACGAGCCAAAACUCGAACUCGACCGCCACCACUCUAAACACUUCUUCGCGAGGCUGCCACGGCACUCCCGCCUUCUCGUUCGCAACACUCCAAACCGCAAAGACGUAGUGACCCCCUCUGGGCGCCCUCCAGCUCACCUCAAUCCGGCUCACCCCCUCCACCUCCAGCACCUCGCGACCCCCGAAAUCCGGCCACGCCGACCCGUCAAAGCCCGAUGCAGACUCAACCCUCAGCACCCGAAACCUCAACGGGCCACCAUGGUCCCAAGAUAUCCCCACUCGAAUCUCCGUCCCCUCGUUCAAGUAGCGCAUCCAGUACUUGUAAUCCCUCCAACCCAACUCCAGCGACUCGUUCAACGCAACCUGGUACGAAUAAGUCUCGGGAUCUCCAGCGUGAAAAAAACUGUUCACGCCACCGUCCAAAUCUAUUGAAAACCCGUCACAAAUGCGUGAGCCUCUCCACCCUCCCCAUUUUUUUCCGCGCGGGAUGCGGGCGGCACCCCCUUAAACCAUACAUACACGUUACAUUUAUUGUGUGCGUAUGUGUGUUGUACCUUCCAACCACAACUUCUUCUGGUACUUCGGAGACAACCUGACCCCCCUCGUCUCGAGCGCCAGCAGCACGUCCUCAACGGCCUCGGGCAUGGCCAGCCGGAUGUGCAGGUGGACGGCCAGCGCCGCAGAUAGACACAGGAAGAUCACAGCCCACCACCGCAGCAUCAAAGCGGCACCCGGCCUCCGUCCGCGCAUUCGUCACAAGUAGAAUUCCCUCGCAGAAGUCACCUCGCGGGAGCGGGGCGCAGACGGCAUCGGCCAGAGAAAAUAUAAAUACAUAGACAAAGUCAAACUUAGAAAAAACCAAAA